CAUCUUGAAUGAAAGCCAAAACAUGUUUUUGAUUCAUGUGAUGCUACUUUUACAACUAGGAUUCCAUGAUGCUGUGAGUGCUGGAAUCCAGCGUGAGAUUCAGAAUGCAAGACUCCAACAGCCAUUUACUUUAAACUGUACCUACAACUGUUCAAGUGGCUUCACUCGUGGUUACUGGACAUGGGAAGACACUCCAGCUUGUAGCAAGUGCCAAUGGAAGCCCAGUGGGAGAUCAAAUUUAGGAGACAUGUGCACUGUGAGCUUGUACAUACCUUAUCUAAUUAUGGAGCAAACGCGUUAUAACUAUUCUUGCCUUGCUGAAGAGAGUGACCGUCCGGGCCUUCCUCGUAAAACAGAGCUUCUGGUAACACUGCAAGUUCACGAUCCAUCUCUGAGAGUAAAGUUGUUAAGGGGUCAGGUGGAGUCGGAUGAAGUGCUUACAUCAUUAUCUACCAUCGAAGUGAUGGCAGGAACCUCACUCAAACUUCACUGUGUUGCCCUUGAUAACAAACACUGUGCGGUGCAGUGGAACAGAGAAAACAGUGCCCUCCCCCUGGAAAAAAUAAAUGACACCAUACUACAGUGGAGUGAAAUCAAAGCAGAGGAUAGUGGACAAUACAGGUGCCACACCAAAGGGACCUGCACUGACCAGGCUAUCACUGUGGAAAUAGAGGUCAUCACAUCGGAUGGAUUCGCCUGGGCCAAGAUCUUUGCAGCUUUUGCAGUGUCUGCAGUAGUUAUCCUGAUGGCCCAUCUGGUGUAUUUGUGCUACAGAAAAGGAUGUAAGAUCAUGCAUUCUGCUAACAGAUUCCAUGAAAGGGUUACAUCCAGAAGUGCUGCGCUGAUAAGGCCAAUCGCUCAAGACAGUCAGAGCGAAAAUGAAGUCCCUUAUGCUGAUAUUGUGAUCUCCGUGAGAGGAUCCAGCAAUCCGGAUCUAUCUGACACCUUAAACCAGACUUCAAAAAACCAAAGACCGAGAUGGAGGGACGAGGCCAGAGCAGGGCUACUGCAUGCUUCAGCUGACAGACUGCACAUCCACUCUAAAGAGGUCACUAGGAAAUUAAGCACAACGUCUGAAUAUGCUGUAAUUACUUACUCCUGUGAGGCUCUUAGUGUUACUUCAAAAACUGCAUAUCUGAUUAAAAAAUAGAAGGCAAAAUGUGAAAAUUGUAAAUAGCUGUCUGCAAUUAAAAAAUUCAAAACUUUUAA